CUGAAUCCCAGGAGGUUACCGUAUGUUGAAAGUUUCUUCUUGUGCCCUCAGUAAACAUUUUUAGAUAAUUAUUUUUGUGGCUAAAGUACAUUAGAUAACAGCUUAAGUGUCGGUUUGAGAAAACAUGUCAAGACAUUGGACAAACUAGAAUAAACCUUGUUUGAACUGAAACUGUCCUCAAUAAGAUCAUGUUUGAGGUUUUAUCCAACAAACAUUUGGGCGAUGUAGACAAGACCUUUGAAUGCCGGGCAUCUGCAUGUGCUGCCAGUUGUCUGGAAGUACACUUUAUUUUACUUACAAGACGGGUUAGUUAUGUUUUACUACAGUUAGUUAUACUAUGUUUACUGCGGUUAUAACAUCGAGAUCCAGCAGUGUUUUCUGUUAAUGUUUUUGACACCCCACUUUUAUUUGGUCUCGGAUGAAGGUUUAAAAAAUUGCAAACAAACACUGUUUAUUUACUGUUUAUUCGUUCCUCUGCCCUUACAUUUUUUUACAGUGUCCAGUUCAAAUGUAUACAUUAAAGCUUACAAAGUGCUCUUCCUGAUGCGUUAUUAACGGCGUUAACGCAAUCCAAUUUAACGGCGUUAAUUUUUUUAUCGCGACAUUUACGCUCUUUUGGCAAACGUUGUCGUUUUUUCACCUGCUGUCUAGCAAGAACUAGUCACAUUAGAAAAACGACAACACCAUACCGGAUCUAGCUACACCGGAAACAAAACGACAAGCACGCCGCACAAACUUGUUGGGGCAAGCAAUGAUAUGGAGCGGGUGAAAAAAAGUGUGUGUUUGUGUGUCACUCUGUUCAAGACUGCACGAGAGUUCAAUGUUGUCAUUAGCGUUUACGUCUUUCUGACCAAUCGCAGUUCAAGGCCCCCCUGGGCUGUACCACUUCGUGAGGGGCCGCUCAGUUACUCCCCUCUAGACAAAAUCAACUUGGUUGUGACGUUGACAGUUUGUGAGUGUUGCGUUUGUUCAGUGUGUGAGAGGUUGCGGGCGCACAGCUUAGGCUGCCGGACGGCGCUGCAAGGAACUUUUAUAAACGCAAUAUUGUUAUCACGCAGUAAUCAGCCCGACAGCCCCGAAACGUUAACGGCCCACCGGGAAUUCUCCCGACUCUCCCGAUUACCACUCCGCCACUUUGUGUGUGUGUGUGUGUGUGUGUGUGUGUGUGUGUGUGUGUGUGUGUGUGUGUGUGUGUGUGUGUGUGUGUGUGUGUGUGUGUGUGUGUGUGUGUGUGUGUGUGUGUGUGUGUGGGCGUUAUUCGAUAGCCUGGUAAUAUGUAUAGGCCAACGUACGGUAGGAAUAUUCAUACUGUUAUAGUAUUUCCCAUCUUUGCUGAGCAAGAGUUUUGUUCGAAAGUUCAGUGAUUGAAACAAAUAAAAGCCUGGGCUAUUGAAGUUUUACGGUAGGCCUACCACUGUCAUGCAUCUAUCCGAUUUCAAGUGGACCGGGUUGAAUGCACUGCGGGUGUCUCUUCUUACUGUCCUUCUUUGAUCUCACUAAAAGGCUGGCAGCACGAAAAUCAAGGGAUAUUUUAAUCGCUUGACAGCACUAUUCUUUAUAUUUUGGUGGAAUGUAUAGGUGCCAACCAAAUUUGAGCUUCCCUUUUAAAGGUCCCAUGACAUGCCACACCAAGUAUGGUUUGAUAAGCCGUUACAAGACGUUUUGAAAAAAUGUCUGUUAUGACAUCACAGGUGGGCGUGUCCACCUAGAUGUGUGCUGGAUAGAUCAGUCUACCAGCCUAUCCAGUGGACUGUAGCAAAAGAUUUUCAAAACGGCUUGUAACGGCUAAUCACACCACACAUGGUGGCAUGUGAUGGGACCUUUAAUAUCGGAUGUGCCCAUUUACGUUCCUUCAAAACACAUUUUGUAAUGAAGAGUAUAUAAACAAUAUCAAGCAGACACAAAUCAAUAAACCAAUUUUUUAAUGUUUAUUUAAGAUAUUUUUUUAAAUGGUGCAAGAUGCCAAAUAAAACAAUUUGAAGAGGCAAAUCGAAAACGAAAAAUAAUAUUUCAAUGUUAUGAUUCAAUUAUUUUUUUUUUAUUCAAAUCAUUAUGCCAGUAAUUAAUUUGCCUCCAUACAGGCAUUCAUUUGGACUAAGCAACUUUUCGGAACACAUUGGAAAUCUUUGGAAAGCAAUUAAAACGUUUAUUCUCCUUGCAUGACCCAGAGCUAGGCUACUGUAUGCACUGUCUGCAAGUCAAUAGAAGCGGCUUAUGGAAAGGAAAUUCUAACCAGGCAAACUCCUCUUCUGGAUGCACAACGAUGUAUUUGGAAUUAAACAUCUCGUCUGAGUUUGGGUAAGACAGGCCAAGGCCAAUUUAUAAAUAUAUUGUAUCCCUUUUAAAACAAUAAGUAAUGUUGUUGGGUUUCCGAUUUUUUUUGCCCAAUAACUUCUAGCAAACAACAGGCUCAAAACCUGGUCACUUUAAAGCUACUAUUAUGUAACAUUGACACCGAGAGUAUAAAUUGGGUACUGCAGUCCAAAAUCAACAUAUUAAAGUUGUCUCCGCCCACCUCCUCCUCCCCAGACUCAAAGCUAACUGGUUGCGCGGUUGUGUAUACUGAAAGAACAAGAUGAGCUGAGCACACAUACUAUUUUGAAAAUUACGUGAUAGUGAGGGGAUGACCUACACUGGUGGAUCAUCUAAUGUGUACAUUUGAGGUUAAUUUGUUUGACAAUUAUAAACCAGCUCAUACGCUUUGUAGGUCGGGUGGAAUUUAAUACAAUCUCAGGCAUAUCAGUUGAGCCAGUUCUUUGCUUGCUUUCAUGGCUGCAGCAUGCUGUUAUUUGUAUGCAAAUUUGUUGCAUACAUGGCAACCUGGGGCCUGUACCACGAAGCUCGCUUGGAGGGUUAGCGAGGUAUGUUGAGCUCAAAGCCUGGGUUAGUUGUACCACGAAAGUCGAUCUCUUUUAGCGUCGCUGUAUCACCAUGGUGACUUAUGCUCGCAACCAAACCUGGUCGGGAGCACUUUUUCGGCUUAGUCUAGCCGGAGAUCGGCUACUUAAAUCGGCGUGCGCAGCUUCCUAGCCCCUCCUCUGACAAUGGCGUCACCAUUUGUGGGUGUUCCCGUGGACCUCGGCGCACUUCUCGUACAGGCGUCUCUCCGGAGACAGAGGGUUUUACGGGACAGAACCGAUCCCUUGGCAUUGUCUGACGAUAUUCAGAUUUCAGACUUUAUUGUCAUUGUGCAAACAACGAAAUAGGGGUUCUUCAUGAGAGAUACAGAUUCUCAUCAGAGGGUGUUCGUUAUUUGAUCGUCCUUUUGGACCUUAUGUAGACAAUGGUUACUGUUGUGCAUUGUGUCUCUGUGACAGAGUGCUAGAGUGGAGGUAGCGCGUCAGUCUUGAAUUUCUGCGCGGGGGGUUAGACUCCCAAGUGACGGGAAUUUAUGUGAAACUUAAAAAGUCCCAAUUCUCAUGCAUAUGGAAUACUUAUUCACUAAAGCUUAUGGAAUUAUAUUUUUGUGCUUAUUUCGAACUUCAACCCAUAUUUUCAAGGCCGUGCUGGCACCACAUCUAUGGGGGUAAAAUACAUGAUGAUAGACCGGCGAAUUUGAACCCCGGUCGCUGGCGUUCGGGUCUUAUACUAAUCCACUACGCUACAGCCGCUACCUCGAAGCGGUUGAAAACAUGCGAUACAUUUCUUACAUAGGGUGUAGGCUAUUUAAAGUGAAUUCCCUAAAUGAUAGAAUAAGGCAGGAUGGACUUUGCUUAUGCAUUUUUAAAUCAUCAUCAUUCUAUUUGGAUUAAUGGCGAACAAUUCUUCAUUUGGCAUAGUUAUUUUAUAGACAAUAUGCAAAAUCUUUUCACUUAUACGCAUAUAGACUGCUUGAUCUAUCGUAAAGGUGAGAAAAAUGACGCAAAUAACGCCCCUUUCAAGUGAACGCGCACUGAACCUAAAGCGGAAAACCUGGUUCAACUAAUUGAAUCUAAAGUGAGCUUCGUGGUACCAUUUAACUCUGAUUGCGAGUUGCGGCUCUGUCGAGCCAGGUUUUCCCAAAAAAAGCCUGGGUAUGUUCAGUGAGGUUCGUGGUAUACCCCCCUGGGGUAUUAGGAAAAUAGUGAAACAUGAUACACAACAAAAACAAACAUUCCAAUCCAGAAAUAACAUCAAAGGAGUUCAUACUGGCUGUAGCAUUGUUCUUUAGAGAAGCCAGUAUUUCGAUUGGGCGUGUUCCUUUAAUCUCUACUGACACAUCAUAGUCAUUUGGUGAUUAAGUACAACUUAACUUGUUGCAUAUAGCUCCUUUUAAUUAAUGUGUUGUGAACUAAAAAUGAUGUUGUGAUUAUCAUUCUGAAGUAUAAUCAAGUUAAUAUAGGCCUACUACUCAAUUAAUAGCUGGAAUUUAUUCAUUAUUAAAAUGUCUGGUUUUAUGCCAUUGUGUAAUAUUCAUUAUCGAUAGUUUAUUGAUUAUUUGUUUGAAAAAAGUUGGUUGAUGUGACAUACGCCACGCCCACUAUUCGAGUAGGUUGUGGCGUCCGAAUCAGAAAAGGGAUUGGAGUGGUCGGUAGGAUUUUAAGGAUGCCGAAAUCCACACUCAGCCAGGAUAAAUUACAGAUACUUGAGUCUUUGUGGGCAGAGGGAGUGCACAGUUACAGGAGUGAAAUGGACAAACUGAAAGUCAAGCAGGUUGCUGCAGCAACAGGCCUUGUGGUUGAGCAAGUAAAGGUUUGGAUUUACAACCGGAACAGGAAGAAGAGGAAGGGUGGUGAGGGUCAGAUGAAGAGGGAGCAGUCGAGUUCUGUGUUAAAAUCUCACAGCUUUUCUGAUGAAGGCUUCCAACCCUGCCAACAGUUACCAUGUCCGAGCGUACUCCAACCUCCUCUGUGGUCCUUCGUACACAGGUAUAUUGUCCAGUGAUGGGGGUCAUACAACGACACCAGGCUCCCCUGUGGAGGCUACAUGUAGCGAAGCCGGACGGGAAGACUCAAACCGGGACAUGGACUUGCAGGAACUGGAGGAGGGAGAUGGGAGCUCUAGUUCAGGGGAGCAGCAGGAAAAAGGACAGGAUCUGCAGCAGCAUCAAGAGAGGGCCAUUGAGAUCAUGCAGGCUGUGGAGGAUCAGGUCCACAAGCUCAAUACGUGUAACUGUGAGGUGUUGGUGAUGGUCUACAACCACCACAGUGGAUCCCUCUACACCACCGGCACUGCUAAAGGCCUAGACUUUCUAAACUCCCAGACCCCUGCAGUUCACUGGCAGUUUUCUGAGGCCAUGUCCAACUCCUCCUCUGAAACAGUUACCGUUGAACAGGAUGUGUUCUGUAAAGAUACAUUUACACAUAUCGGUUCAUAAAUACUUCCACUUGAAUAUGUUAAUAAAGUGUGUUACUACUGUUGCAUCUUCUACUAUUAAGGAUGUUAACCCAUUCAUUUUUUAUAUCUUUUAUUUUAUGUUUUAAAAUUGAGCUGUAAAUAUUAUUGACCAAAUUGUUUAAUUGGGAAGAUCUAAUUUGGGUCUAUGUGGAGUGUUAAUGCAUUGCGUUGCAUGAUUGUCUAGGCAAAACAAGUGAUUUUUGUUGGAUUGUAUAAUGGGUGUCCUAUUUUGUACCGUUAUUGGUCGUUUUACUUUGAAAAACCUGGCCCGGAUAUGUUUAUUCUCCCGGAAAGAAACGUUCCCUGUGUUUACAACACGUGGGUUAGGCACAGAUCUACAGGCGUCAUAUGAAUUGUUGUGCUUGAUUGUCGGAUUAUGAACAAGUAAUUGUUACGGUGAUCGAAAACAGCAAUGAAGAACCGAGGUGGUGGCGGCGGGAUUGACGGGCGGCUCAAAGGCAGGGUGGAACAGUAUCUCAGCUCCAUCGACAGUGAGUACGUAGAUGUGGCAGCCAUGGCGCUCGAACUCCAGAAGACCUACAGGAUGGACUACGGCAGGAGGAAUAAGAUUGCCUUCAGGAUCCAGGUGGAGAAAGCUCAUGACAGUAUUCUGAAGGAGUCUCAAUUGGACGAUCUAGAGAGCAAGCACAUGGCCAAGAGAGCCAAGCACAGCCACAAUGACACUGGGGAUGACAGCAGCCUCUUAGAGGACAGCUCUGAUGCGGAUGAGGAGGACAUCCUAGACCCCUCGUCGGCCAAUCAUAUGAACAACUCCCUGAUGUCUCUCUACCGCCGGGGAAACCCAGACAGUGCCGGCUCCUCCCCUCGGCGGGAACAGCCCAAGGCCGGAAUCUCUGCCUCCACGCCCAGCGGCCAAACCCAAACCCCAGGGGGCGCCACAGGGGGCGCCACGGGGGGCGCCACAGGGGGCGCCACCCAGGUCACCUCGGGAGGGUGGUUCAUCGACAAGGGCAAAACACCGGAACGACCCAACAUAUUGAUCGACCUGUGUGAAGAAGACGAGGCGUCCAGAAUCGAUCAGACAGAGACUGAUGUUUCCAUGCUGGAACCGGAAAAAACGCCCAAGAAAGGAAGGCUACCGAAACGGUCAAAGAAGCAGAAAAUGGAAAACGGAAAAAGUAAAAAGGACGACAAAGACAUCGAAGCAAGCAUCAUGAGCAAGAAAGUUCCAAACCGGUCCAAACUUCCCGAGCUGCAGUAUCCAACGCUCAAGUUUGAAGAUGUGGGAGGAAACGAGAAUACGUUGACGGAGGUGUGCAAGCUGCUGAUCCACAUGCGCCACCCGGAGGUGUACCAGCAGCUGGGAGUGGUCCCCCCCCGGGGGUUCCUCCUCCAUGGACCCCCUGGUUGUGGCAAGACCCUGCUGGCCCAGGCUGUAGCCGGGGAGAUGGAGCUGCCCAUGCUGAAGGUGUCUGCUCCAGAGCUGGUGUCAGGGGUCUCCGGGGAGUCUGAGCAGAAGCUGCGGGAGCUGUUUGAGCAGGCCGUGACGAGCGCCCCGUGCAUCCUCUUCAUAGAUGAGAUCGACGCCAUCACCCCAAAGAGAGAGGUGGCCUCCAAGGACAUGGAGAGGAGGAUUGUGGCCCAGCUCCUUACCUGCAUGGAUGACCUGAACUCUCUGGAGGUGACGGUCCAGGUGCUGGUGAUCGGGGCCACCAACCGACCGGACUCCCUGGACCCGGCACUCAGACGGGCCGGCCGCUUCGACCGGGAGAUCUGCCUGGGCAUCCCCGACGAGGCCGCGCGCCUGAGGAUCCUGAAGACUCUGUGCAGGAAGCUGAAGCUCCCGGAAGACUUCGACUACAAGCUCCUGGCCAGGCUGACGCCGGGCUACGUGGGCGCCGACCUCAUGGCUCUCUGCCGCGAGGCCGCCAUGAGCGCCGUGAACCGGGUCCUCCUGGACCUGCAUGACCAAGCAACCAGGGACGCCACAACGGAACCAGGACCAGGACCAGCGCUCGGGCCAGAACCGGGCCCUUCCCAGACAGAGGCGCCUCCCUUGGAGGUAAAGACGGAAGAACCCCCUCCUGUCGUUGAGGCGGAGGGCGACCCUGAGCCCAUGGUCGAGGACCCCCCCACUGUUGACCCAUCAGAGGCUGAGCCGACGGACCAAUCAGAAUGCCCGGAGGAGUCCAAGCAGCUCGACGUCGUCAUUCCAGCCUCAGAACCCGUCGAGGUUGUUAAGGGGGAGCUGUGGCGCCUGCAGCAGCUGCUGAGGAGUGCUGAGCCUCUAUCUCCAGACCAGCUGGCCGGCCUCUCCAUCCUCCUGUCGGACUUCCAGGUGUCCCUGGCCAGCGUGCAGCCCUCGUCCAAGCGGGAGGGCUUCGCCACGGUGCCUGACGUCACCUGGGAGGACGUGGGGGCGCUGCUGGACAUCCGGGAGGAGCUGACCAUGGCCAUACUGGCUCCGGUGCGAUCUCCAGAACAGUUCAGGGCCCUUGGACUGAGUGCCCCAGCUGGGGUCCUUCUGGCCGGGCCCCCGGGCUGUGGUAAAACCCUACUGGCUAAGGCGGUGGCCAAUGAAUCAGGACUGAACUUUAUCUCCGUCAAAGGGCCAGAGUUGCUCAACAUGUACGUGGGAGAGAGCGAGCGGGCCGUUCGCCAGGUGUUCCAGCGUGGACGCAACUCGGCUCCCUGCGUCAUCUUCUUUGACGAGAUCGAUGCGCUGUGCCCUCGCCGCUCCGGCCACGAGUCAGGCGCCAGUGUGCGGGUGGUGAACCAGCUGCUUACGGAGAUGGAUGGACUGGAGACACGCAAGCAGGUCUUCAUCAUGGCCGCGACCAACAGGCCAGACAUCAUCGAUCCUGCUGUGCUGCGACCCGGACGUUUGGACAAAACGCUGUACGUCGGCUUACCUCCGCCUGCGGACCGCCUCGCCAUCCUGCUCACCAUCACCAAGGGAGGAACCCGCCCAACCCUGGAGAAGGACGUGAACCUAGAAGAGAUCGCUCACGACAUCCGCUGUGACUGUUUCACCGGGGCUGAUCUGUCAGCAUUGGUGCGCGAGGCAUCCGUCAACGCACUCAGGGCUUAUCUGACGUCCCGCCCCUCUUCAACAUCCUCUGAUCACACAUUCUCCAGCGGUCCUGUGGCUGACAUCAAGGUCACCAGUCAGAACUUUGAAGACGCUUUCAAGAAAGUCCGGCCUUCUGUCUCUAAAAAGGACCAAAUGAUGUACGAACUGCUCAAGGAGUCUCUGACACGUUGAAAUGUGAUUGGAUUACAACAUUGACAACAGUCUGUGUUAAAGCUGUGUUAUCAUUGUAUGUAAACAUUUUUUUUGCCCUAUUGUAGAACAUGUUUUGAUACAUCAAUGCAGGCCCCACGCUGGAUUCUGAUUAAAGAGACCCAGCGUACUCCUCCUCUCUUUGUUGUCUUGUUUCUUACAUUUAUGUUAUAUUAUUUAUUUAUUCUUAUAUAUAAGUAAAUAUAUAUUUAGACGUAUUCUACGCCACAGGAGAAGGAAUCCUCGUCGCCAACGUGACAGGCGAAUCAAAAUAUGACAUUGGGGUAGCUUUUCCCAGGAUUAAAGAUCUAAUGUAGGAUUACGAUUUUCAAAGGGAAGCCGAAGUGGCCUGCUUUUGUCUCGACGAGUAAGUCAAUGUUACUGUCUAAAUUACAAGCCUUUCUUGUUGCUUGGUUGUGUAAUUCAUUACAUAGGCAGCAUAACGGUAGAACACGUAUAGUUAAAUCCUAAAGAACCUCAUUGGUGGAUAGCAACAUAGGCUUGAAUAAGGGUUUCAUUCCAUGCCGACUACCUCCCACCGAUCCAUCCACAGCCUCUCUUUCUUCUGAUGAUCUCUGACAAUGCGCACAUAGAAAAAUAAAGUAAUAAAAAAUGUAUCACUACUAAUUAGCUCACCUAGUCCAUGCGUUGUAGAGCAAUAUAAGCACUACUUAGAAAUGUUUGUAUUCGUUAUGUGUCAAGUUGUUAAGCCAUGCUCUAGGCUAGACUACGACAUAGUAGUCAAUAUAACCGUGGCAACGUAAUGCACGAUCUUGCUCGAGGGGUAAUUACUCAGGAGGACACUUAUGAUUCAAUGCAAUUUGAAGUAUGUUUGAAAUGACAUUACCCCAAAGAACUAUGAGGUAGUGUUGGAUGACAUGUCAUAGCUUCUUGUCACAUACCGCCUACUGUAGACUUAUAGUGCAAGACUAAAUUACUAACUACAAUGUAUAACUCUUACAACGAAUCUCAUCACUUGAUAACUCAAAUGUGGUUGACUUUAUUUUUUAAGACUGCUAGAUGCCAUUAAACAUCUUACUGCACCUUAAGUACACGUGUUUACCUUCUGAUCAUGCAUUAAGACAGUAUUUAGCAGUGCCAUUGACAUUCUGUUACAUGGCAGUUCAACCCAAACCUGGAGAAAAAUGACCCUUAUGACAUGGAUCUUUAAAGCAUAGGGAAAGUGUUUUAAUAUUAGCAGACAUUCAGGUUAAAUAAACAGAUUUAUCGGCCUGUUAGUAAUAAUGCAUGAUAAGAAAAACCACUUCUCAGAUGUCAUUAGGAUGUAGACAUGGUUCUCCUCAGUUCACAGUUCAGUGCUGAGAGGUAAGGGACAUAGCCUUGUUCGUUGUACAUAUAGCUUUAAAAAUCAUUUCAUUUAGCUUCAACGUUAUCGCUACAGAGCUAUUUGAAAUGUAUAUUACCACACAACUCAUUGGCCAUGAAUUGCUUCUCUAAAAGACAUACAAAAUAAUUUGAUUGCAAUCAAAAUGACGCUCGAUUUAGCUAAGCGUGACAAAGGAUAGCAUACUUUUAUUAUAUAAAUAAAGGUUCAAAACAUUGAUAAGCAACUAUUCUCCAUCGCCCCCUUUACAGGGGAAUAAGAAAUCAGUGUGUGAACAUUAAAAUAGAGUCCGCUUUAGCACGGCAGUAAGUUAGUCGCUUGCACAUAUUUUGAUUAAAGUACACUUGAGUACUUUAGGUAGACACGUUUUGCUGAUGAAGUCAAAUACUGACACUACUGGGGGCAGGUCAAGUGGUCUUCCAUCAAGCAUCUCCCCCACAGAGACGCCUAGGACACGCCUAGUAAAUCAAAAGGAUAGGCCGGCCCGAGAUAUCAGUAAAUUGCUGUUUGAUUCAAAAUCAAGCCCAAUAAAUCACAGUGCCAAAGACAGUGACAAGUAAUCAGUGUCUUUGUAGAAUAAUUACACACGCGUCUGAUUCUGGGUAAGAUAGGCAAAGGCAUAUUUACAGAUAUGUUGGCGACUCGGCGUAUCCCUUUAAAUUACAUUUUUCAAAACUAUUUCGGAACAAUAUAUAAAAAAAAAAACUUGAAAAGAAGGAUAACGCAAUUUAUAAGACGGGUUGAGUUAAGAUGCAAUCAGCAACUUAACGCUACAGACAUGUAGUCUAUAAUUCUUCUUGCCACUGCAUUUCAAAAUCCAUGUUUUUUUGGUCGGCAUCAAACAAAAAGGUACAUUAAGGGCCUUAAUGUACCUUAAUUUAAGGCAACAAAAAGGGCUGGCACAACGGCACAAUAUUUAAAAUAGAACGUUUUUGAGAUUUGCUAAAUCAUUGAACAUUGAUUUCAAACACUUGACAUGGAAUUAAGGACCUCCUCUGCAUUUGUGACAACAGUCGGCAAACUCGGCAUGGAGAUAUGCAUUUGGUUUUUGCAUUUGUGGGCGGAUGUUGCAAUGAAAGAAUGCAAACUAAAGCGAAACAAACUUCCAAGCACUAUCCAAAAAGGGGGUGGGGCCAACAUGAUGGCAGACAUGUUGGACUGAAAUGUUUCAAAGUCUGAAGAGUUCAUUAUGGGUGUGAAUGUGUGAGAAGACACAAGCACAACCAUGUUUGGAUCUUUCCAGGGUGGACACAGACACACACACACACACACACACACACACACACACACACACACACACACACACACACACACACACACACACACACACACACACACACACA